AUUAGUGGUGGGUCUCACAAAGGAGCUGACCAUGAACAUCAGCCUAAGUAACUCUGGGGAAGAUUCCUACAUGACAAGCAUGGCUGUGAAGUACCCCAGGAACUUACAGUUUAAGAGGAUACAAAAGCCGCCUUCUCCAAACAUUCAGUGUGAUGACCCUAAGCCAGCGGCUUCGGUCCUGGUCAUGAACUGCAAGAUUGGGCACCCCAUACUCAAGAGGUCAUCUAUAACCCUUUCAUUAGCUUGGCAGCUGGAGGAGAGCACCUUCCCAAACAGGACAGCCAACAUCACUGUGAUGAUCACCAAUUUCAACGAAAGAAGGUCUCUGGUCAGUAAGACCCACAGCCUUCAAUUCAAGCAUGCCUUCAUCGCAGUUCUUCCCAAGCCAUCGGUGAUGUACAUGAACACAAGCCGCGGGCUUUCUGACCACAAAGAGUUCCUCUUCAAUAUACAUGGGGAGAACCUCUUUGGAGCAGAGUUCCUGCUGAAAAUCUGUGUUCCGAUCAAAUUACAAGGUCUUCACCUUGUAAGAGUGAAGAACCUGACCAAGACUCAGGCUCACACUGUGUGCACUCAGACCCGGGAGCGUGUUUGCGGGAGCGCUCCGGUUCAG